AUGUACGACGAACUCGAGGCCCAAGAGCCCACCCCGAAGCGGCGCCGCGGUGACGAGCCGGCCACAGUGGACGUGCCCCUUACAGAGCCAGCCGAGCCUGUGCCUGCAGUGGCGCAGGAGGAUGAGUUGGCCGAUGCCCUGGCCUUCCUUGCCGAGACCGCCGAGACGGAGGAGGUGGCCGAAAUAGGUGGAGCUUUGGAUUUCUUGGCCGAGAAGCUGCCAGAUGCUGGUGACAUGGAGCUUGAAGAUGAGGAGGACGACGUGUACGAUCCACUGGCUGUGCUUCCAGAGGUCUUCGACGCCGAUGAGACCGCAGCCGACAAGGAUGCGCUGGCAGCUGCCGCACAGCUUUUGGAUGUGGACCCGCAGAUCCUCGCCGAAGAGCAACGUCUGCUCCAGGAGCAGAUUCAGCUGCUCGAGGAGAUUCAAGCCACAGAAGCUGAGCUGAACCUGCAAGAGGGCGAUGGCUACGCUGACCCAGAAGAGGAAGAAGAGAUGCCAGAAGAUGCUCUCUAG